AUGUCUCCCUCUGCGCUCGAACAGGAAGACCACAACCGCGAUGCCGCCUUCAACAAGGCCAUGCACGGCCAAUCGGCCAAGGCGCGUGGUGGUAUGACGGCCAUGCUGCAAAAGGACAAGGCCGCGCAGCAGGCCGCCGUGGACGAGUACUUCAAGCACUGGGACAACAAGGCGGCCGCCGACGAGACCGAGGAGACACGGAAGGAACGACGAGACGAGUACGCCACCCUGACCAGGCACUACUACAACCUGGCCACGGACCUGUACGAGUACGGCUGGGGACAGAGCUUCCACUUCUGCCGCUAUGCCUACGGCGAGUCCUUCUACCGCGCCAUUGCCCGCCACGAGCACUACCUCGCCCACAAGAUGCAGCUGCAGGACAACAUGCGCGUGCUCGACGUCGGCUGCGGCGUCGGCGGUCCUGCGCGUGAGAUAGUCAAGUUUGCCGGCGUCAACGUCGUCGGUCUCAACAACAACGACUACCAGAUUGAGCGUGCGACGGCCUACGCCGAGAAGGAGGGCCUGGCAGACAAGCUAACCUUCACCAAGGGUGACUUCAUGCAAAUGUCUUUCCCCGACAACUCUUUCGACGCCGUCUACGCCAUCGAGGCCACCGUCCACGCCCCCUCGCUCGAGGGCAUCUACAGCGAGAUCUUCCGCGUGCUCAAGCCUGGCGGUGUGUUUGGCGUCUACGAGUGGCUCAUGACCGACAAGUACGACAACGAGAACCCCCACCACCGGGAGAUCCGUCUCGGUAUCGAGAUUGGUGACGGCAUCUCCAACAUGGAGAAGAUCGACGUCGCCCUCGCUGCCAUGAAGGCGGCCGGCUUCGUCAUGGAGCACCACGAGGACCUGGCUGACCGUGACGACCCCUACCCGUGGUACUGGCCGCUGUCCGGCCAGCUCAAGUACAUCAGCACGAUAGGCGACAUCCCCACCAUCCUGCGCAUGACCAAGGUCGGCCGCGGGCUCGUCCACAGGUUCGUCGGCGCUCUCGAGACGAUCGGCCUGGCACCCAAGGGCACCCAGAAGACGGCAGACAGCCUCGCGCUCGCCGCCGACUGCCUGGUUGCCGGCGGUCGCGAGAAGCUCUUCACGCCCAUGUACCUGAUGGUGGGCCGCAAGCCUGCCGACGCUUAG